AUGGGGCGCGCUAAGGCAAUCGAUGACGCGGAUCUUCAAGAGGUCCUCUCCAUGCGCGAUGAUUUCGGUGUUUUGCAACAAGAGAACAUCCAGAUGCAGAACCAGGUGUCCAAAUUGCAAGAGGAAGUUCAGGUUAUUGGAGCGAAACAGGGGCAGAUAGCACCAACAAGACAACCCUUCCAGUUCUGCACCUGUGGUUCGAUCUCCUACACUGCGUCAAGAGCAAACAAAAAAGUAGGAAGAGAGAAUAGAGCAACUGAGAAAACAACUAGCAAUGGAAAAGAGAAAUCUAAACAGCUUGAAGAGCUUCAGUUACAGAACUUGCCACCCAUCAGGACAAACAGAAAUGCAGUUCCUCCUGGUUUUGUUCAACAGGGAAGAACUGAUAAUGCCAGUGCAAUUGGAACUCCAGUUACCGCUAGAGACAAGGCAAACACACCUGCAUUUAAUCAGUAUUUCCAACCAAACAGAGACAGGCAAUUAUGGCAAGGUUAUUACAGAACAUAUGAACAGGAUAUGCAGGCUCAGUUUAUGAAAUCAGUGACUAAAGGCCCUAGGCUGGAUUUUCCUAAGUUUGCUGGGACAGAUCCAGUAGGUUGGAUAAGACAAUGUAACAAAUACUUUCAAAUGGCUGGAGCCCCAGAGGAGUACAAAGUAUCACUAGCUCAAAUGUAUAUAGUAGAUGAAGCAGAUGUGUGGCUCAAGAGGUCUGGUCUGCUGAAGAAACAACUUACUUGGCAACAGUUUGGAGCUGAAGUGAUUAAGAGAUAUUCUGACAAAGGGUCUUAUGACUUGACAGAAAAAUUUAAUUCAGUCAAACAGUUACAUCACACUGUCACUGAAUAUACAAAAAUCUUUGAGGAUUUGAUGGCUGAUGUGCAAGAGGAAAACCCUGAAUUAGGAGAGCUCUGGUUUGUCAGAUGCUAUGUCAAUGGACUAAGAGAAGGAAUUAAAUUCCAGCUGAGACCUUUCAAGCCACAAACAUUAACAGAUGCUUAUUGCAUGGCCAAGGAUAUAGAACCAAAUCAUCCACAUGUAGCAGCAGUAGCUAAGAAACAAGGCACCACCUACAACAACUUCUAUCAGAAAUCCAGUGGAACAAUGCAGGCCAAGCUCAAUGCUCUGGAACCACAACAACAAGUUCCUGUCAGACAAGCUGAAACAACAGCUGCCAAUACACAAAAAAUCAGAAAAGUAGGGGAGUGCUGGAGGUGUGGAGACAAAUGGAUGCAUGGACACAAAUGCAAGUUGAUUCCUAACAUUCACUUGCUGCAACAGGACAAUCCAGAACAGAUUGUAAUAGAUCAAGAAGAAAUACAACAAGAAGAACAGCAAGAGACUACAGAUGAAGGAGAACAGGCAAUGUUUAUUUCUGCUCAUGCAAUUGGACAUCAACUAGCAGUUCCAGCCCCUACUGCUAUAAUCUACAUAAAUGGCAAGAGAGUAGUAGCCUUACCUGAUUCUGGUAGUACAUCUUCCUUCAUUAACCAGGAUUUUGCUGUGAAAGCAAACUGUCAGUUGUUACCUGUCAAAGGAAGAACAAUAGCAGUGGCAGGAGGAGGAAAAUUACUAUCCACAGCAGUAGUUCCAAACUAUGAAUUCCAAAUGGCAAAGCUAAAGUUGACUCACAACUUCAGAGUGUUAUCACUACCAAGUCAUGAUGUUAUCCUAGGUUAUGAUUGGAUGUCUGCAGUCAGUCCUGUUUCAUUCAAUAUACCUGAGAAACAAUUCAGUUUUACCAAGGAUGGAAAACAAACCGUAACUACUGCAGUUUUCAACAAUUCUAACAAUAUAAAAGAAGUGCCAGCUGAGGAAAUGAAUAAGUUGUUGGAUAAAGGAGUGGAAGGGUUUUUGUUACAAGUGCAUAAUGUAUUAAUGGAAGCACCUGAAGGAACACCAACACCUCCCCAAAUACAAAAGUUGCUCCUGCAGUAUGCUGAUCUGUUUGAGGAACCUAAAGAAUUACCACCCAAAAGAGCUCUGGACCAUACUAUUCCAUUAGUCCCUGGUGCAACUCCUCCUCAUGUGAGACCAUAUAGAGUUCCUCAACACCAGAAACAAGAAAUGGAAGACCAAAUCAGAAAGUUGCUAGCUGCACACCUCAUAAGGCACAGUCAAAGCCCAUAUGCAGCUCCAGUUCUGUUGGUCAAGAAGAAAGACAGUUCCAUGAGGUUGUGCACAGACUUCAGGAAACUAAAUUCUAUCACAGUAAAGAACAAGUUUCCAAUACCAGUUAUUGAGGAUUUGUUGGAUGAAUUGCAUGGAGCAAAAUACUUCUCAAAAAUUGACCUAAGAUCAGGGUAUCACCAAAUAAGAAUGCAUCCUGAAGAUAUACAGAAAACUGCAUUCAGGACUUAUUUGGGGCACUUUGAAUAUUUAGUGAUGCCUUUUGGGUUGUCAAAUGCUCUUGGAACAUUUCAAGCACUGAUGAAUAGUAUAUUUGGUCCAUAUCUCAGGAAAUUUGUGCUUGUCUUCUUUGAUGAUAUAUUAAUUUACAGCAAAAAUCUUCAAGAACACAAAGAACAUUUACAAAUAGUACUGCAGUUACUGAAAGAGCAUCAACUGUUUGCAAAAAUGUCCAAGUGUGUUUUUGCUGUGCAACAAGUGGAGUAUUUGGGACAUAUUAUAUCUGAGAAAGGAGUAGCAACUGAUCCUAAGAAGAUACUUGCUAUUGCUGAGUGGCCAACACCAGAUUCUGUAACUAAAUUGAGAAGUUUCUUGGGCCUAGCUGGAUAUUAUAGAAGGUUUAUCAAAGGGCAUGGCAUGAUUUGCAGACCACUACAUGAUCUUCUCAAGAAAGGGCAGUUCUUGUGGAAACAUGAACAUGAUCAAGCAUUUGCACAACUGCAAAAAGCACUAACCACAGCCCCUGUACUGGCAUUACCAAACUUUUCUCUCCCAUUUGUACUAGAGACAGAUGCUUCAAGGAAAGGAAUAGGAGCAGUUCUCAUGCAGUAGGGCAGGUCAAUUGCAUA